AUGCCGAGGAAGAGUAAGAAGUCACAGGUUGCAAGCCAGCGCUGGCAGAGGUUACAUGACAUUGACCGUGUAAAAGCAGAUGGUGUUCCUCAGAGCAGUGGAGAGGUAAAGAGGUCUGAAGUAUGUGAUGCUGUGAAACAGGGAGGUGAAAAUGCGUCAUGUCAACUACAGGUAUCCCAUGCAGAAUUGCUUAAGAGGAGACGUGUAAGUGAGUCACCUGCAGCAGGUCCGUCUAACAUUAAACAGGUAAACCGCAGAGGUGAAACCAAUGAUCCAGGUGUACAACAGGUAACAUAUGCAGACAUGGUAAAGAGAAAACUUCCUAGUGUGUCACGUACUGCCGGUCCGUCCAACUCUGGUCAGAUAUAUCCAGACACUGUUAAGAAGGGAAACCACAGUAAUUAUCAGUCUGUAUCAGGCUCUUCUCGGGUAAGAAAUGUUAACUCUGUUAAUCAGUCAGGUGAACAAAACGUCUGUGCGUCACGCAGCCAAGCGUCUCUGAAAUACGGCCAAUCCAGGAACCAGCAGUGCACCUGUAACUCACUGACAUUUCUAGCAUUCCUGUAUGAGAACGAACACAUCACCAGAGCAGACCUGGACCGUGUUUUGGAUAAAGGUGAUGUGAUGUACAGAGAAAUCAGAAAAACUGUUGAUCACGCCCAUCUGACAACCGAUGAGCUCCCUAACCAGGUUCCUGCACGCAGACACAUGCAGACUGUUGACAUGUUACAGCUGUCUAGAUACGGUACGUUUGGAGAUCCGGAUCCCGGAGCUGUUGAUACCUUUCUGGACCUCAUUUCAGGACUGAGCUGCUUAUUAACAGAUGUGCAGUAUGCUUUGCUGCUAAUGACUUCGCUGUGCAUUGCAGUUUUCAGAACCAGAGAUGGCAGGUACGGUUUCUUUGAUCCACAUGCUCGGACAGCUAACGGUUUGCCUCUGCUUAAGGCCACACCUACUCCUGGUACCGCUGUCAUGGUAACAUUCACACGACUCAGUGACAUGAUUCACAGGCUCAUCAGGUAUCACCAUAUAUUGGGCACAGCAGAGUCCUGUCGCUAUGAGCUCAAGCCAGUUGUGUUCUGUGAUGUGAACCCAAGUGAUGUUAUCCCAGCCACAGAAAGUCCGUCCACAAGUCCCUCUGUAACAACCACUGUGAUAAAUGAUGACACAAGUGCUCCACAGAUGAACGCUGAUGUCCGUGAAAACACUGAACAUGACAUGGAAACUGAACCAGAACCACUGAUCGACUUCAGCCAGUGUUCUGUCACAUUAACUGGUCCUGAAUCUCUCACUCCAGAGAUGAACACUACUGUAAGUGAUGACACUCACAGAAAGCCUCAACUUUGAUGGAAACUCAAGCUCAUCAACCAGGUCAAAUCAACAAUAAUUCUGUCACAAUAGAGGAAACUCAACAGACACAAUCAAAUUUGACACAACCAUUGAUAACGAUCCCUGUUGCUAGUGACAAAGUUAUCCAUGACAUCUCCACUAAACUGUCAAAAUUGAACAAACAGCAAAAAAAGAAAUUUAAGAGGAGACUAAUGAGAUCUGAAAAGACAUCACAAAAGAAAAAAGAUAAAAACAAGAAAGAGAGAGAGAAGUAUGCUAAGAAUGAAACAUACAAAGCAAAGAAAAAGUCUUAUUCAAGUAAAAACUAUUCAGUCAAUCCUGAAAUACAGACAAAGAAAAGAAAAGAGAUCACAACUAAAUACAGAGAAAGCACAGACUUCAGACUAAAGCAAAAAGACUAUAUCACUAAAAAAUACAGAGAAAAUGUUGAAUUCAAAGGCAGACAAAAAGAAUAUUUCACUAAAAAAUACAAAGAAAAUGUUGAAUUUAAAGGCAGACAAAAAGAAUAUAUCACAAGGAAAUACAGAGAAAAUGUUGAUUUCAAAGGCAGAAAGAAAGACUAUUUCAGGAAAAAAUAUUCAGUGGACAUUAAUUUCCGACAGAGAAAGCGAUCCUAUGUUAAUCAUCGAUAUGCAAAUGAUGAAAUAUUCCAUGACCGACACAGACAGCUGAUGAGACAAAUGAUGCGAGACAGGUAUAAGACAAAUCUUGCAUACAGGACAAAGCAUAAAAUCAGAUGUGCGUUGAAAAUAUCAAAGAAAUACAAACGGAUAAGUAAACAAGCACAUGAGACUGACAGAGAGAGUGAAAACCCACUUAUUGAAAGUGCCAUAAAUGAUUUCCGUUCACACAUUAAAGCUGGUCCCACCCAUGUUUGCACAGUUUGUCACAAAGCCUCAUUUCCAAACCAGGUGCAAAAGUGCAAGAGGUCCAACUAUGUGAAAAAUCCAAUAAUGGUUUCAGCUUGUCUCAAAGGUCAGUACGUCCAUGAUGUAACGAUGACUACAGAAAUCAGUGCACUGUCCCUGAUGAGAGAAAGACUGAGUGGAUUUGUCACACCUGCCAUGACCAUCUGAAAAAUGGAUCUAUGCCCAAACUUGCCAUAGCAAACAACUUGGAGCUUGCUGACAUACCACCUGAGCUGUGUGACCUCAACAUACUGGAGAGACAUCUGAUAGCAAAGUGCAUAACAUUUGCCAAAAUCAUUCCUCUUCCCAAAGGCAGACAGAGAGCUAUACAUGGUAAUGUUGUAUGUGUUCCCUCUGAAGUCCAGGAAACAAUUCAGGCUCUACCCAGAUUGAGAAAUGAAUCUCAGGUGAUGAGAGUAAAACUGAAGAGACGUUUGAGUUACAGAGGUCACCAUCUGUUUCAGACUGUUACCUGGUCCAAGCUAGUGCAGGCCCUGCAUAAACUGAAAGAGAUACACCCCCAGUAUGAAGACAUCACUAUUAGAGAUGAGGAGGAGUUAUGUGACCCCACACUUCCUGAUGAUGGUGAUGAGGAUGAGGAUGAUGAUGAUGAAAACACAAUGAAUGAUGACGACUAUGAUGAUGAGGAUUUGAUGGAAAUUGAUAGAAUUGAGGCUGCUGCCAUGUAUGAGGCUGAAACUAAUGUUGAAACUGAGGAUGAAAACACAGAGCUGUGUGAUAAAAGUCAGACCCAGGACAAUGAUGAUCAGACACAACAACAUGAUGCAGACAUAUCUAAUGGUGGUGUUGUUUUGGAGUCGUGCCUUCAGCCACGGGAUGUUUCUGAGGAGAUAUUGUGUUUCAGUGACUCUACAUACUCAGUAGCUCCAGCAGAGAGAAACAAUCCAGUCAGUUUUUUCAAAACUCCCAAACUAGAGGCCAUGGCGUUUCCUGUUCAGUUUCCCACUGGUGAGAAUACACUGGAUGAAAACAGACCAAUGAAACUAUCACCCAGUAGUUAUUUUAAAGCAAGGCUCUUUGGUGUUGAUGAUCGCUUUGCCAAAGAUACCAACUACCUGUUCUUUGCACAGUUUGUGACUGAAAUACACUUGGCUACCUCCAGCAUGUCCAUACAGUUACGCAAAGGCAAACCUUUCACCAGAGACGGACGUAAAAUAACAUCCAGAAUGUUGAGAGACAAAUAUGAAGUGGAGAGACUGGUGAGAAACAGAGAUGCUAUCAGAUUUAUGCAGCCGCUCAGAGGAACACCAGCCUACUGGGACAAAACUAUAAAAGAUCUGUUUGCUAUGAUCAGACAGUUGGGCAGUCCUACUUUCUUUGUCACAUUUUCUGCAGCAGAAAUGCGUUGGCCUGAGGUGAUUAUUGCAAUAAAAUCACAACAAGGUGAGGAGGUGAAUUUUGAAGAGCUCGACUGGUCCACAAAGUGUGACAUUCUGAGAAGCAAUCCUGUGACAACGAUGCGCAUGUUUGAUAAGCGUGUUGAAGCACUGUACAGAGAUCUGAUCAUGUCUCCUGCACAACCCCUGGGCAAAGUUUUUGACUUCUUUUGGCGUCUCGAGUUUCAGCACAGGGGAAGUCCUCAUAUACAUGGUCUUUUGUGGGUAGAAGGUGCACCUGUGUUUGAGAGAGACUCUGACAAAACUGUGUGUGACUUUGUGUCCAAACACAUCUCUGCUCAGCUCCCUGACCCAAAUAAACAGCCUGAACUGUACAAAAAGGUCAAAGAAGUGCAAAUACACAGUAAGAACCACUCAAAGACAUGUUUCAAAAGUGCAAGUUCUGGAUGCCGAUUUGGAUUCCCAAAACCACCCUCCAGACAGACAAUGAUAACAAGACCUGUGGGUGAUGAUGAGGAGUCAGAGAGACUUAAGAGAGCCAAAGAGAAACUUGCACCACUGAAUCAGCUGCUGAAUGAGACACAAACUGAAUCCAUGAGUUUUCAACAGCUCCUGUCCGUCUGUGACUUAACCGCUGAUGAGUAUGAGAAACACAUGAAUGUGAUGAGUCAGUCCAGCAACAUCAUUCUGAAGCGUGAGCCAAAAGACUGCUGGGUAAACACCUACAACCCUCACCUGCUCAAAGCUUGGGAUGCAAACAUUGAUGUGCAGUUCAUUCUCAGCUACUACAGUCUGAUCCAUUACAUAUGUACGUACAUGUGUAAAAGUGAGAACUCUGUGAGCCAGUACCUGCAAACACUCAUUCAGAACUCCGACAGAGAAUGUGUCAAUGAAUGUGAUGAAAUGAAAGCGGUCAUGCAGGCGUAUUCCAAAAAGCGAGAAGUAUCAGCACAAGAAGCUGUUGCCCGAGUGACUUCACUGAACAUGAAAAAGAGUUCACGCAGUGUGGUUUUUGUCCCAACUGAUGACAACCCAGUGAAAAUGAGUCUGCCUGUGUCAAGCCUUGACAACACAACACCAGACAGCUUGAAUGUGUGGAUGACAUCCUUAACAGACAAGUACAAAUCCAGACCUGAAACACCAGAGUUUGAAGAGAUGUGCAUGGCUGAUUUUGCUUCUACCUGCAGACUGGUGUAUGGACAACAGACCAAGGGCAAGAAAGUGGUACCUUUGCUGAAUGAACUAGGCUUCAUACAGAGACGAGAAAGUGACAACGCUGCUGUCAUCAGGUAUCGCCGCAUAUCCAAAGAGAAAUACCCUGAGCAGUUUUACGGCACAUUGCUUAGACUGUAUCUUCCAUACAGAUCAGACGAUGAGCUGAAAAGACCAUAUUUUCCCACAUAUGAGUCAUUCUAUGAGAGAGGUGUGGUUCAGCUGCCGUAUUCUGACCGACCCCUGAGUGUGAAACUCAUUGUGAAAAGAAACAGAGAGAGAUAUGAAAAAAACAGUGAGGAAAUUGACUCUGCUCUCGAGGACUUUGAACAGAACAGAGGUGUGGUCGAUGAAUGGUGUAAUUUGGCACCUGAAUCUGAACUGGUGAGGUUGGAGUGUAUCGAUGAACUGGACGCCAGACAGUGUGAAAAUGUCCAAGAGGAUGUACCGGAUUACAGCAGACAAUCAAAUGCUGCUACAGAGGCCAGAGUCAUGA